AUGACGCUGAAGCAACCGAAAGGGUUCUUCAGAACAGGACUCUGCACGGGCAAAACACAACACUGGAAUUUGGGCUGUGACAGAGAAUUAGAGGAAAGUCAUCUUUUUAUCAAGGACCGGGAAUCCCUGGUUGGCGAGGUAAAGGAUACAGAGCGAAGUGAUCGCUCAGAGAGACCUGCAUCCACCAUCCAUCCCCUUCACCACCCCAUCACUCGCGAAGAACCAGAGAGCCCGGAGAGAGUGGUCCAGAAGGAGAAACUCCAUGCAGAGUUGAAGCAGGUCUUGAAUCUAAAAAGAAGCCUUCAGAAGCAAACUUCCCAUUCAUCACUAAGGAGCAUGGACAUGCCAGAGGAGGUCAACGUAACACAUGAGGAGGAGGGGAAGCUGUCCGAGCUGGUGGAAGUAGUGGUGGAGACGGAGCCCGAGGCAGGGGCCACUGGUUUCAGUGUAUUCGGAGGAGGAAACAAGGGUAUCUUCGUGAAGGACGUGCUCAGAGACUCCCCAGCCGCCAAAGCCCUUAGCCUCAGAGAAGGAGAUCAGCUGCUCAGCGCCAGAGUCUACUUUGAGAAUGUGAAGUACGAGGAUGCUCUGAAGAUCCUGCAGUGUGCUGAGAACUACAAGGUGUCCUACUUACUGAAACGCACUGUCCCCGGAGCAAACAUCAGCGUGUCCCCAAGCAAAGACAUUAAAGGACCCAAAGCUAAGAUGCCCAAACUGAGUGUCAAAAGCAUCACACCCAUGAAGAAAAAGAAAAAGAAGGGCAAGGCCAGCGUUAAGCUCAGUGGUGGCACCUCUCUCCCAGCAGGGGCCGAAUUUAACGUAGAGGGAACGCCGGCCAAGCUGGAACUGAGUCCAGUCGACGUUGAGUUUGCCUUUCCUAAAUUCUCCAAGCUCAAAAAGUCAGGGAAGGCAGCCACAGGGGGCGAGAUAGCCUUUACGGAUUCAGAAGCACAAGCUAGUGCUGCGAUCCCAUGGCGGAAGAAACGAAGGAUCAAAUUCCCGAGGAUGAGAGUCAAAGACGCUGCUCAAGUUGACGUAAGCGGGGAGACACCAAGGGGAUCAUUAACUGUUACAUCGUCAAAGGGGAAAGUAGAACUGGAUGUCCCAGAAGCUAAACUCAAGACCAAAGAAAAGUCACCAAAGUUUGGGAUCUUCUUGCCGAAAACCAAAAAAGCCAAAGUCGAUGUGAGCCUGCCGAAAGUUGAUGUCGAUAUAAAAACCCCUGAGGCCAAGUUUAAACCCCCAAAAGUAGAGCUUGAUCUCAAUAUGCCAACGGUGAAAGCAGACUUCACAGUACCCAAACCAGAAUUGGAAGGCAAAGAAGACGUCAAAUUUAAGCCACCCAAACUUGAACUUGACUUUGGGUUUCCAUCAGGGAAAGCAGAAGUUCCAGAAGUGGAAAUCAAAGGGCUGGACAAAGACGAAAUUAAAUUACCCAAAGUGGAACUAGAUAUCAGCUUGCCUAUUGGGAAGGCUGACAUCCCAAAACCAGAAGUGAGUGUGAAAGGUCCCAAGGUGGAUAUCAAAGGAGGCAUUGAAGCCCCAGAGGGCAAAGUGAAAGGAGAAGGUUUUAAAAUCAAGAUGCCCAAGUUUGGGAUCUCCUCAAAAACAUCUGACCACGAGGGUCCUGAAGUAGAAGGGGACCUUGAUGUGGAAGGUCCAGAAGGCAAGCUGAAGAUGCCUAAAGUGAAACUCCCCAAAAUAGGGCUUUCUCUCCCCUCAGGUGAAUUUGAAGGUGGCACUGAGGUUUCGGCACCUAGAGGUGAGGUGGACAUAGAGGGUCCAGAGGGGAAACAUAAAGGCGGACUAAAGAUGCCAUCAAUAAACAUUGCGGCCCCCAAAGUAGAUCUGGAUUUCAGUCUGUCAAAGGGGAAGGACGAGACAGAUUUGAAGAUGCCAGCAGCUGAGGGAACCGCAGAAGCUGGCAUGAAGGGCCCCGGGGUUGAGAUAAAAAUGCCCAAAGUGACACUUCCAAAAUUCGGGGACUCAGGAGCCACAGAUUAUACUGAAGCUAAAGUGUCUGUUCCAAAAGUGGAUGUCAAAGGUCCGAAAGCUGAAGUCAAGGGAGGAAUAAUGGAAGUGGAAUCUCCUGAUGUUAAAUUUAAAGGACUCAAGAUGAAGAUGCCUUCAUUUGAAAUUUCUGCACCGAAAAUGAAAGGGGAGGGUUCUGUACCCGAAACCGAGAUCCUUGAUACAAGUGCAGAAGGAAAGAUGAAGCUGCCUAAAAUGCCUUCCAUAGACAUUUCAUUGCCAGUCCCUGAUUUAGAUUUAAACUUUCCACUGAGUAAAGGAACUGGUCCUGGAGCAGAAAUGAAAGGUGAUGCAGAUACCAGAAGCCGUGGCAGUAGAGAACAAUUGGACAUGAAGCUGAAAAUGCCUAAAAUAUCUUUUCCGAAAUUUGGCCUGUCUGGGAAAGGAAAAGAGUCAGGAGCAGAUAUGCACAUCUCCACUCCCAAAGUAGAAGUCAAAGAACCAAAGAUUGAUAUGCAAGGUAUUGAAAUAGAGGGACCCUCAGCUAAGGGGGCAAAGAUAAGCAAGCCUAAAAUUGACCUUUCCCUACCAAAAAUAAAAUCACCAGAAGCCAAAAUGGAUAUUCAAGGAAUGGACAUAGAAGGCUCUGGAUCUAAGGGAGGAAAAAUAACUAUGCCAAAAAUUGACCUUUCCGUACCAAAAAUGAAAUCACCUGAAACAGAAUUAGAUGUGCAAGGAAUGGACAUUGAAGGCUCUGGAAUUAAGGGAGGAAAAAUAACUGUGCCAAAAAUUGACCUUUCCCUUCCAAAAAUUAAAUUCCCUGAGGGGGAUGUUUCAGUGCCAGAAGGUAAAAUAAAGGUGAAAGGGCCCAAAGUAGAAGGUGACGAGACAGAUGCAAGACUUAGUAUGCCAUUUGUCAAAAUGCCAGCAAUUGAUAUUGACAUGCCAAAGAUAGACCUCGAUUUAAGCCUCUCAAAGACCAAGACUGACGUGGAGGGAGGUGAAAAAGUUUCUGAGCAUCCCGGAGCUGGAGGAAGCUUUGAAGGACCUGACAUCCACCUGAAAAUGCCCAAAAUUUCUCUACCGAAAUUUGGUAUCAAGGGCAGUGAAGGCGAUGCUGAUGCUGAUCUUGACCUGAAAGGACAAGUCAAACCUCCAAAAGUUAAAGCUGAAAUCAAAGGAACAGACAUCGGAGAUGCCAAAGUGAAAGGACCAGGAAUAACAAUGCCCUCAUUGGAGAUUACUUUUGGCAAAGGCAAAGAAGCUGAGAUUGAUGUUAAAGCACCCAAAGGAAAGAGAGACAUCAGUAUCCCAGAACUGGAGACUGGCAUAAAACCCACAAAUGCCAAAACUGCUUUGGAAGGGCCUGGCUUUGAAGCUGAAGGUACAGAUGCUAAGCUAAAGCUCCCGACUGUCAAGAUGCCAUCAUUUGAUAUCUCAGUCCCCAAACUGCCUGAUGUUCAUUUUGACAUUAAAAUGCCAAAGGGUAAGACUGAAGCAUCUGUUGAAGGAGACAUCAGUGGUCAGCCACCAAGUGCCAAAGCUCCUGACAUUGAGAUUAAAAUGCCAAAGCUUCCCACGUUUGAGAAAGGAACGGGCGAGGUUGAGAUUGAAGCCCCUGAGAUUGAUGUUGAAGGACCAGAUGGAAAACUAACAGGACCCAAGCUGAAGAUGCCUACAUUUGGUAUUUCUUUUCCCAAAGGCAAAUCUGGAGAAGCUGGCCUUGAAGGUGAGCUAGAUGUUUCUAGUCCAACCUUGAAAGCUCCUGAAGUCCAGGUGAAGGCUCCCAAAGGGAAGCUUGAAGUUACAGGACCUGAUGUGGAUAUAGACAUGAAAGGCGGAAAAGUCAAGUUGCCCACUGUGAAACUUCCCUCUGUUGACAUCUCUUCCCCAAAAGUUGACAUCGGCUUUGGCUUGCCCAAAGCAAAGGGGGAUGACAAGGAGCAGAUUGGACUGCUCAAGGCUGAAAGAGAUAUGCCAUCCUCAGGAGUGAGUUUCGAUGUCCCGGAUGUGUCCCUAAAAAUGCCAAAGUUCUCCCUUCCCAAAUUCGGGGACAAGGCAAAGGCAGGUGCUGCUGAUCUAGAGGUUCCCAAAGCAGAGGUUAAAGUUACCCCUCCAAAAAUAGAUGUUGAAAUCAGAGCUCCAUCCAUAGAGUCUGAUGCUGAUGGGAAGGCAAAAAGGAAAGAAGGGAAGAUGAAGAUGCCGAGAAUCAAAAUGCCUUCUUUCGGCAUAUCCAAAAGGGAAGGAGAAAUUACAGUCAGCGGCCCAGAGGUUGAUACUAAGGUCAAAAAAGGAAAAGUGGAAAUCAAGGCACCUGAGUUCGAGCUGGAAGAUCCUGAGGGUAAAGUUAAAACACAAAAUAAAUUCCCUAAAUUUAAAAUGUCUUCACCGAAAGGCAAAGGGCUGGAAGCUGAAGCCAAAUUAGAUACUGGGUUUAGUGGGAAAGGUGGCUUUGAAGCACCGGAUGUGACACUCAAAAUGCCUAAGAUUUCAAUGCCUAAGUUUGGAACCAAAGGUGCCGAUAUUGACCUUGGUGUACCACAUGCAGACUUGGAAGGCAAAGAAAAGAUCAAAAUGCCAGCUCUUGAAAUUUCCCUGCCAGCUGUAAAGCAACCAGAUAGGGGGUUGUUAACGAAAGCAGAGGUAGAUGUCUCUGAAGCAGACAUCAAAGGAUAUGAAGGUGAUUUGAAGAUCCCCAAAAUGCCAACCAUUGACAUCUCAGCCCCCAAAAUUGAACUUGAUAUUGGCUUGUCUAAAGCCAAAGCUGGUGCCCCCCUUGAUUCUGAUGCAAGCAUCAAGGCUGAGGGUGACAAAGGCUUUGAGGGACCUGAUUUCAAGCUGAAAAUGCCCAAGAUAAGCUUACCUACAUUUGGCAUAUCUGGUUCCACGGAAAAGGACAUUGAACUAGAGACGAGAGGAACCAAACCAGACAUCUCAAAAAAGGCAGAGAUCAAAACACCAGAGCUUCAUAUUUCCACACCAAAAGCUACUAUAGAUACACCAGACUAUGACAUUGAGGAUGGAGAGGGCAAGAUGAAGAUGCCCAAAAUCAAAAUGCCAAAAGUGGACAUAUCCUUGCCUAAGGGCAAAACAGGAGAAGCAGACAUAUCUCUUACCGAAGGCAAGGUCAGAAUUGAGGAACCUGAUUUUGAUGGAGCUAGGGAAAGCAAAUUUAAUUUGCCAUCUUUUGGACUGCCAAAGUUUUCUAGUCCCACGGUGAAGGCCCCAGAACUUGACCUUGAAUUUAAUCUGGGGAAACCCAGAUAUGAGACUGAGAUCACUGGCCCACACAUAAAGGGGCUAAAGAUUGAAGGUAUGGGUCCCCCUGGUGAUACGGAAGGAGAGUUCAAAAUUAAAGGGCCAAAUAUUAAGAUGCCCAAAGUACAAAUAUCAGAUCCAGUGCUCAAAGGUGCGGAUGUUGAGAUUGAUGUAGGUUUUCCAAAGGCUGAGAAGGAGAAAGGGAAUAUUGAGAUUAAGCCUCCAAAAAUAGAAGGAAGCAUUGAUAUCUCUGGCAAGGAAAUAAAGGGGCCAAAGGUUAAAGGUACAAAGUUUAAAAUUGGGAUGCCGAAAAGAAAAGUGGAAGUAGAUGCUGGAUUAGAGGCAGACAUGAAAAAACUUGACGUUGACGAAGAAGGAGCAGGAGGGAGAUUUCAAAUCAAAAUGCCAAAGUUUGGAAUGUCCAAGGGCAAGGUUGAAGUUCCUGAAUUGGAAACCAGUGUUGCCAUUGAGGGAGGGGACAGCAGGUUCAAAAUGCCCCAGAUUGCUUUACCAGAUGUAGGCUUUUCUUCUUCCAAAGAGGGAGACGCUGAUGCAAGGGUAGGCAUAACUCUUCCCAAGGCAGAAUUAGAUUUGAAAAAAGACAUCAAAGUUAAGGGUCCCAAAGCAGAAAAGAAAAUUAAAGCUGAUGCUCCAGAGUUAGAAGGCCCAGAAGGUCACCUUAAAAUGCCCAAGUUUAAGAUUCCUUCAAUUGAAAUUUCAGUAUCCAAAGACCAAGGAGAAGGAGAGGCUGAGUUCACUGCCAAAGGUAACUUGGAAGGGAAAACAAAGAAGCAUCAUUUUAAAAUGCCUGGUGUGGAAAUUUCAGCCCCCAAAGUCAAAGCAGAUGAACAAGAUGGUGAGUUUGGGCUUGUCCUUCCAGAGGACAAGGAGGAAAUAAAGCUGAAAAUGCCAAAGAUCUCAAUGCCCUCUGUUGGUUUCUCAGACUCUAAGGACAAAGAGGCAUCUGUAGAGUUGAUCACCCCAGAAGAUGAUGGCAAAGGAGAAGAUUUUAAAAUCAAGAUGCCCAAAUUUGGGAUCUCCUCAAAAACAUCUGACCUAGAGGGUCCUGCAGUGGAAAUCAAAGGGCUGGAUAAAGACGAAAUUAAAUUACCCAAAGUGGAACUAGAUAUCAGCUUGCCUAUUGAGAAGGCUGACGUCCCAAAACCAAAAGUGAGUGUGAAAGGUCCCAAGGUGGAUAUCAAAGGAGGCAUUGAAGCACCAGAGGGCAAAGUGAAAGGAGAAGGUUUUAAAAUCAAGAUGCCCAAGUUUGGGAUCUCCUCAAAAACAUCUGACCACGAGGGUCCUGAAGUAGAAGGGGACCUUGAUGUGGAAGGUCCAGAAGGCAAGCUGAAGAUGCCUAAAGUGAAACUCCCCAAAAUAGGGCUUUCUCUCCCCUCAGGUGAAUUUGAAGGUGGCACUGAGGUUUCGGCACCUAGAGGUGAGGUGGACAUAGAGGGUCCAGAGGGGAAACAUAAAGGCGGACUAAAGAUGCCAUCAAUAAACAUUGCGGCCCCCAAAGUAGAUCUGGAUUUCAGUCUGUCAAAGGGGAAAGACGAGACAGAUUUGAAGAUGCCAGCAGCUGAGGGAACCGCAGAAGCUGGCAUGAAGGGCCCCGGGGUUGAGAUAAAAAUGCCUAAAGUGACACUUCCAAAAUUCGGGGGUUCAGGAGCCACGGGGGAUGCUGACUCUCUCCCAAAAGGGGUUGGUGUAGGUGGCAAAGUAAAAGUUGAUAUUAAAGACCCAAAAGUUGACAUGAAGGCACCAAAAGUCGAGAUCAAAGCACCAGAGGUGGAAGUAGGUGGUCCAGAGUGGGACACAGAUAAGAAGUCAAAAGUUAAAAUACCAAAGUUUGGAAUUGAAUUGCCCAAAGUCACUGAACCUCAAGCAGAUAUUGAAGUUUCAGCACCAGAUGCCAAAGUUAAAGUGAAAGGACUUGAAAUCAAAGGCAAGGGUAGUGAAGUGCCUUCUAAAUCAGGAGAGACUGGUGGUGAAUAUGAAGGUCCCAAGAUGCCCAAGGUCAAAAAGGCUGUGUUUGUUUUUGAUAAACCCAAAACCAACAGCUCUUCUACCAGUCUGUCGGAGAGUGAGGGGAGUCUGGGUUCUGCUGAAGCCAAAAUCAGAAUGCCCAAGAUUAAAAUGAAGCCAACAUUCGGAAAGUCUCACCCCACUACAAAAGGGGUGAAAGUAAAGGGAGAAGCCAAUGGAGAUGAGGGAGAAGAAGUUGAGGGGAAAUCAAAGUCAGGCAAAACCAAGCUCCCCAAGGUAACCUUCUCUCCAGGGAAAACUGGUUCCUUUGACGUCACUCUGAAUGGAUCGGGCAGAAGGAAAGGCGAGGGAUCUGGACCUCAUGUCAAUGGGGAGAGUGAGCCCACAUUCCAGAAUGGAUCCCAAGAAGACAAAGCCACAUUUGGGAAGCUCAAGCUGCCGAAAAUUGAGUUAUCUUCUCCGUAUACCAAAGGGACCAAGGGGGAUGCUGAAAUGAGCAUGAAGCCGGUCAAAACCGAAGAAACAUCUGGACCUGAUGGCGAAGGCAAAGGGAUGAAGUUCAAGUCUCCCAAGAUAACUUUUUCCGGCUUUAAAAAGAAGGGAAAGGGUGAAGAGGAGAAGUCUGGCGCUCUGGUUUCUUCUACUGCCAGGACUGAAAUGGCUUUGCUGGAAUCAGGAGACAAGAAAACCACAGAGUCCUCCUCCAAACCCAGAGUGUCUAUAGGCUUUGUCUCGGGCAGAUCCAAAGGGGAAUACACAGUGGAGAGCAGCGCGUCAGCAACUUGCGGUGAAUCAAGUGGGGUGCACACUCUCAGGGCGGUCCAAAAAGUCGAAGAACAAAAAACGGAAGGCAAAGAGAAAUCCCCCAAGUUUAGGCUCCCCAAGUCCUCCCUCAGCUCCAGGUCCAAGGGGAUCCUUGAAAUCUCAUCGGAGGGGUCUCCCCAGGGAAGCAGGGAUUCAUUGCAGCAAAUGGGAGGGGCCGAAUCCUCAGGUGGUUUCAAGAUCCAGAUGCCCAGGCUUGGGUUCAAAACGAGCCAGGAAGUACACACUUCGGAAGAGCAGAUCGUGACAGUGCAGGAGGGCGGCAUGGCGGUGGGGUCGAAAACACUGAAGCACACAAUGACCGAGAGAUCCACGACCAUUUAACAACAUGGGACAAUAGACAACAUAAACCCCACCCAGUUCUUUAAAAAAAAAAUCACCACUUUAUUAUUCAUCUUUGCUUGCUCAGUUCUGAAUGUUGAUUUCACUUCAGCACUUCAACUCCAAAAAAAAAAAACUGCUACCAGAACUUGUAUAACAUAUAUCACAGAACCUGUUCCAUACAGCCAUCAGAUACAGUCAUCUUGAUUCUAAGGUCAUUACGGUGGUCAUGCUUGUAAAUUGUUUCCCACAUUAACAUGCAGUUGAAUAACCAUUGAAGUGCUUUUAAAUCUUUGCAUGGACAAUCAGCAAAGGCUGGAAACCACAAGUGCUUUUCUGUUCAGUGAGUUUCAUCAAGCCACCACACCCAAUCAACUGAAAGGGGCUUGCUGCUUUUACCUGUGUUGUCCUUGUAGUGAUCCUUGUUGAAUAGGCUUUUAUAGACACCUGCUAAUAUGUAUCUAAUAUCUCUGUGCUGCUAUUACAUUUGCUGUAUUACGCUUCGGUGCUUUAUAAUAGAAUCCCUUAUAAUGUGACUCUGCCAUGGGGAGAACACUAAAAUAUAUUUGGAUACAAACUGGCCACUGGUUGAAGGUUUAGGAGCUCAAAAAGGUCAUUCUCAAGACUCUUCUCUACAUUCACUUCUGGAGGCCUGGGGUCCAAUCCAUUUCAAGUUGUCUCACAAACAACACAACACACAGUUCACCAGAACGUUCUGCAAGGUUUGUUGGGGGCUCACACAACUUUCUUCCACCCAGCUUGGGAAAUUAAAAAAUAUAUGAUUAGUCUAUGAUUAGAAAGUGUACAUUUAGCUGGCAGUAUGUUUGUAAUUUGACUGAAUAGAUCAGAGAAUUGAGGCAGUUUGUAAAAUGUGGCUGUAUUUUUUGAUUGAAUCUGCUGUUUUUGCCAAAUACUUGCUUCAUAACUGCCUGUGUUAUGACUGCUCAUACAACUUUUAUGCAGCAAUUUUACAUAUGGCAUCUUACAUGCUAACAUCUUGAGUUCCCCUGUUCUGUUAGUGUACCUUUCCCCAGUGUUUGGCUGCUUGAUAUCGUUGUCUUAUUCAAAAUGAAUGACUUCAGAACUCUGAGGAAGUGCAGAAGAUAUCCGAGUGUUAUUCCUUUGGUACUCAGACAGAAUUCAUUAGGAAUAUGCAGCCAUUAUUUUAAAAUAUUACUUGGGGAUCUUUAAACAUCUGAAUGAUCUGUAUAAGAGUGCAUUUCUAUUGUAUUGUACCCCAAACCAACACCAACUACUUACUUCCAUUGGUCAAACUUGCUGCAAAAAAAGCCACGUUUAUGUCAGAUUAAUAUGAUACCAGUGGUACUAAAAAGGUGUCUUACCUUAGGCUUCCACUAGGUGGCAGUAUGGACAAGGUGAGUUUGUCAGGAAAUAUGCUAGUUCUAGCCAUUCAAAAUGGUUUUUGCUUGUUCAUCUAAUCCAAUUCUUGCGUAACCCAGCUCUGGGUUAAAAACUGCAAGCAACUUGAGUCCUUAAGACAAGUUUUCUCCUUAGUCUCCUGAAACAUUGAUUGCUUAUGUGAUCCUAUGCAAGUUAUCUUUCUUUUUGGAUUUGACAAACUAUCGUGUCAAUCACGUUAACUGUAAAUACAUUUUAUUGCAAAACGUAAUAUCAGAUUUUGCUAAUAAUAUAUGAGGUGAAUUAAUUAUGUGUGUUUGUUGAGAUUUUCUUUUUUUUAAAGAAGAAAAUGCUUUGGGCUGUUCCUUAAGCAAAUGUGCUAACCAUUUCAGAACUUUAUUGUAUUGAUAAUGUGGAUUGCUGUUUUUCCUGCAUUCAUUUUUGAUCUAGGAUUUGUCUGAAAAUGUGCUUUACUUCCAUGUGAUCCAGAAUAAUUUUAUGUUGGGCUUUUAUAUCAUUAUAAAAAAAAAAACAAUGUACAGGCAAAAUAUAGAUAUCAUGCUCUUUAAAGAAAUUCCACAAGCUAUCCAGACCAGAUCUAUCCUGAAAUGAAUUUGAUCCCUAACUUUCUUAAUUUUUGGACCUCGAUUUAAAAAUCCUGCCAGCGUUUAUUAACUGUAGAUGGCAUGGUUUCUUUAAAUUCAGUCUGGUUGAUACUUAACUGGAUAAGAGCAUUUUAUUCUCCAGAAGAGGAAUUAAUUCUAACCAAGGAUUGGACUCUGUGGGCUCAGUCAAUGCUAGUGGCUUACAUUCUGGGCAGAUCUCAGAAAUCAAAUUUGGAGAAAAAUAUAUACCCAACAGGAAAAAACUUCAAUCCAGAUAUAUAUAUAUAUAUAUAUAUAUAUAUAUA